AGCGCAAACCCUGUGUCGACGUCGUUCGUUCUCCCAUGUCGUCCAGCAAGACACAACAUUGCCAAGAUUGGACCUUCUGCGUUAGAUAUGAAAUGCGGGGAAGAAACCCGUUAUACCAAGGACUGGGCCGCAGCUAUUCAUGCACCAGCAUGCACCUUUACCUGAUCAAAUUCCCACGAUGCUGAAACGGGUGUCGCCAACAACAUUGUUACUUGGAAUCUCUUCAGGCCUCUUGAGCUUGGAGCCUUGUUCCCUCGGGCCCACCCCUGCGUCCAUUCCUUCACCUGCACGAAGCUUGCUUCUGCAAGGUCGUCUCGUCUCCUUUUGGUCCAAAUAUUGGUCCUCUAUACCAGUCUUUCCUCUACACACCUUCCCAAAGACACUCGUUUGACUUGAGCUGCUCGUCUUCACCAUGCGACACUACGCAUUGCCUCUUGUUCUUGUAUUAUCGACUUCACUUUCCAAUGCUCUUAAGAUUCCUAUGAAACGCAUCAGCUCGCCCGCCUCGUCAAUGCAACGCCGAAGCGGGCGUAGCUCUUUUGCUCGACCCAUAUUUGCAGUUACUGACAACGGCGAUGACAACAGUAUGAAGAUGACUAACAUGCACGAUCUGAUUUAUCUCGCCAACAUUACUGUUGGCGGCACCGAAUACCCCGUACAAUUGGAUACUGGCUCUUCCGACCUGUGGAUUAAAGGGCCUACAUCUCCCUUACCAAACGUACAACUCACAUCAAUGACCUAUAACCUUACUUAUGGGAUCGGCUGGGCGAACGGUACUAUUGCUUAUGCGCCAGUCGAAUUUGCAGGCAUCAACGUUUCGUCGCAAGCUUAUCUCGACGUUUCUUCCGCUUCUAAUCCUGCACUUUCGUAUGGGGCCGAUGGUAUUGCAGGCCUCGGCUUUACUUCCUUGUCCACUAUCGAUGCGCUCGUCAACCGAACAAACACAUCCACUGGCCGCAGUUUACUUUUCAGCCUAUUUGAAGAUAAUCCUCAAGAGCCAAAUUUCAUUUCAUUUUCUAUGCAAAGGGGAGACGACCCCACAGCGGAUGUGGAAGGUACCUUUGGAAUCGGCGAAGUCGAGCCAGAGUUUGCCCAAGUGUUGAAUACUACGGCCAUUCCUACAUAUCCGCCCAACUCACCCAUGCGAUGGAACGUUCUGUUGGAUGCAGUGCUUGUCGGGACUGGUGCAGUAGCAGUCUCCAGUGACAUUGACGGUGUCCCCACUGGUAAAGCUGUGGCGCUUGUUGAUUCUGGUACUUCCUACACUUACGCAAGUGUGGAUGUAUGCAACGCCAUAUAUGGUAGCAUUCCUGGUGCCAAAUACGAUGAAUCUUUGGGUCAAUGGGUCGUUCCUUGUGAUGCCGAAGUCAACGUCGCUCUUCAGAUCGCAGGACAAGUGUUCCCGAUACAUCCGCUUGACAUGACGCCCAAUAGCCUCACCGAUCCAUCUACUUGUGUUGGCUCAUUUAUUCCUCAAUCUGUCUCUGUUGGAGCAAACUCAUUUGAUUGGCUUAUUGGUGACAGCGUCCUCCGCUCAAUCUACUCCAUUUACGAUUUUGGUGAUUUCGACUCCUCGGGUGUCAUGGGUAACCCAUACAUGAAGUUCCUUUCCCUGGUGGACCCCAACGAGGCGUCUAAAGAGUUUCAUCAAUUACGAGGUGGCACAUCGAACGGAAACAUCACAUUCAACGCCGCGAACAGCACCCUUUCAGGGGGCGAAUCAACCUCAGUGAAGAUCUCAGAUGAUCUUGUCAAUACGUUGGACAAGAUUAGCACGUACAUUCCCGCGAUGCUAGCCAUUAUGGCCCUCAAUGCUCUUGUGAUCAUCCUUCUCCUCGUUGCCGCCGUCGUCUACAUGGUACGAAGACGGUCAAGGAAGAGCAAGACAAGAAAGGUUGUAGGCAGGGCCCUUACCCCCAUGCCGCCAAGAAUGUCAAGAAUGUCAGACUAUGACAUGCCGGCGGUAGGCGGUGACCAUGUAUACCAACCAGUGUCGAUGGCUCUCACAGAGGACACCUUUGUCCCACCAUCGCCUGCGUUCUCAAAACCUGGCUUCAGCGGGGGCAUGGAGAGGCCCAAAUCUGUGGCGUGAUCUUGGAUAUGUGGACUAUUUUGGGGCUUUCCGGUCGUCGUGGGCCCAUUGUAUUAAGGAUCUUAUAAUCAUCUUCGUAUUGUACGGACAUAUGGUCUUUUGCUGUUGUCAUUUAUUGGACACUUCUUGCUUCAUUUUGCUUUACCCUGAGUCGUUAGCACCGUUACUCACCGUAUGUACCCACUGCGUUGCGUGUGGUGUUUAGUGCAUACUAUUCAUUUUUGUGUUUCGUUGAU